AUGGCCCAGAACCCUAUUGUCAUCAUCCUCAAGGCUUUCAUCCUCAUCAUCUUAAUUACGUGUGGCGGAGCAUGUGCGGUCGCGUGGGGUGUUAUGUUCGGUGUUGCGCUUGCUCUAACAGGCGACCAUACCCGGAUUGACGCUUUUGCCGCUUUCCACAACGACGAACUCUCUCGCAUGGCAUUCGAUCGGUUUAAGGAGGAAUUUGCAGCGCUGUGGGCAGCUUGCGUCGUGGCGGCGGUCACUCUGGUGACGGUGAUAUCCUAUUGGGGAACGUUUCGUAGGGCGGUGGAGAGCAUGUCGCCUCGUAAAAUCGACAGAAUGGCGCAAUGGGAACGCGAAGUUAUUCAAACGGCCGCUGCCGAGCAGACGACUUAAAGACUCAUAUAGAGACGCAAGAAUGUGUAGGCAUAGCUUGACGCUAGAAUAGAAUGUUAGCC